CAUGGCGAUGAGAUUGAUCGCUUGUUUUUUUAUACGCUCGUGAAAUGUUUUUCCGUAUAUAUAAAUUGUACAUAUAAGUGAAACUGUGUUACUUCGGAUUCACUUCAUCAUGGCUGAUAAAAGACAACACAGUUUGUCGAAAGAAGAAAUAGCGAAGCAGUUUAUGUUGCCAGAGAGGAAAAGCAAAAUCGCAACGUUAUUGAAACAGGACGGUCAAGCAUAUUGUAUUUGUAGAAGCUCCGACAGUUCUCGCUUUAUGAUAGGAUGUGAUGCAUGUGAAGAAUGGUACCAUGGUGAUUGCAUAAACAUAACCGAAAAAGAAGCAAAGCAUAUAAAACAAUUUUUCUGUGUUCGUUGUAGAGAAGAAGAUCCAACAUUGAUAACACGAUACAAACCACGUAGGACAGAUCAAGAUGACAGAAAACAUAGAAAAUACAAAGAGAAGGAAAGAGGACAUCGAUACGAAUAUGACGCGCCAUGGGGUCCUAAAGUAGAAAAAAAAUCCUCCAAACGCUGUGGAGAGUGUACAGGAUGUCUGCGUACAGAAAAUUGUGGCAAGUGUGACGCUUGCAGACAUCUGAAGAAAUUCGGACCUUCGGUACGAUUGAAGCUCAGAUGUAUUCAACGUACUUGCCGUGUAGUAGGCGAUCCGCUAAAACCGUCCAAAAGUCUCAAUAAGGGAACGAAAUUGACCAAGAGACGGAAGAGAGAUUCGAGUAAUGAGAGGAACGAGUACUUAGAGCCACCGCGCCAUUGUUAUGGACCUACAUGCACGAAACAAUCGCGACCUGGUAGCAAGUAUUGCUCCGACGAUUGCGGUUUGAAGCUGGCGACAAGUAGAAUCUAUCAGGUGCUGCCGCAGCGAAUACAGGAAUGGUCAUUGACCACAUGUAUCGCGGAGCAAAAUAACAGACGCGCUCUGGAAACCGUGAGAAAGCAGCAGCAUGACGUCCGUAGGAUAUUGCAAGAAUUAGAGAAAAGACACAUUGAAUUAGAUCGUAUUGUCGAACGUGCGAAGCAUGCGUCCAUCGAUCCACAAGCCGAAGUGGAUGACAACGACGACACGGAGAGCAGCAUGUACUGUAUAACGUGCGGCCACGAAGUCAACUCAAGAACCGCCAUUAAACAUAUGGAAAAAUGUUUCAAUAAGUACGAAUCGCAAGCGUCCUUCGGCUCGAUUUUUAAAACACGCAUCGAGGGCCAGGUGAUGUUCUGCGACUUCUACAAUCCUGGAAACAGGACUUAUUGCAAAAGGCUGCGUGUUCUCUGUCCCGAACACUGUAAGGAUCCGAAAAUUGGCGACGCUGAAGUAUGCGGUUGUCCAUUAGUCACGAACGUCUUCGAUGCCACGGGUGAAUUCUGUCGCGCGCCUAAAAAGAGCUGCGUAAAGCACUACAUGUGGGAGAAACUACGACGAGCAGAGAUCGACAUGGAGAGAGUGAGGCAGUGGUUGAAAAUCGAUGAGCUCGUGGAGCAAGAGAGGCAGAUUCGAUCGAACAUGGCGACGCGAGCCGGUGUAUUAGCUCUGAUGUUGCAUUCCACUUAUAAUCACGAGUUAAUGGAACAGAUGACGCAGGAACAGAGUAGAGAACAACUGCAGGCGAUGGAAGAAGAAUUACAAAGGAGAUACGGUGGGCGUCAGCAGAAGGAACAACGCAUGGAGUAAUAAUCUUUAUCAUACUUAACUAAUACUAGACCUCUAACUUUUAGUUGCACUUGUUCAGUUGCACAUUUUUUUUAUUUCCUCUUUUUUUAAAUAUAUAUUUUUUAAUAUUAUAUUAAGAGAUGAAAAUUAUAAAAAAAGAAUGCAGUUGCAAACGAAGCAGACCUAGUGUUAUUUUAACAUAUUGUUUGUUCGGAACUAAUUAUGUAUAGCAUGGUCGAUAGUUCUAACAAAUAUAAAUCGUGUGGACUGAGAACAAAAAAUAAACAAGUCACAGAAAGUUGGUACAGUAGUUGUAAACGUGUACUAUAAUGUAAUGUGCGUAUAUACAUAUGUAUAUUAUAUUAUGUACUUGUUAAUUUAAAGUAGAUUAAGAUAAUUUCGUAAGGUGAAUAAUAGUUCCUUUAAGCUCUGCCAUUUUUUAAAUAAAUUUACAUAAAAUCUAAGUACGUUCUGAUGACACAUUUUAUGUUUUUUUAAGAAAAUAUAUAUGAAAAAAAAUAUUUGUUAAUAUUCAUUCUGUUGUAAUCGUACUUACGCUCAGAUGAUGUUCGAACAUAAUCCAUGUUCUCAAUUAGUCUAAAAUUGAAGAAUCUCCAAAAAAGUGGUAUGCAACAGAUGGAGAAGCAGAUAUUUCUUUUCGGCAAUAUUCGUUAUUAUUUACAUUAUAGUAUAUCGAGAUGCAGACGUCAGGAUUUUUCACACACUCCGACAAUUAAUCGUUUCAACAAAAACCAUUUAUUCACAGGUCGUAGCCUCUGCGAAUGCAAAAUAAUACGCCAAACUAGCGAUCUAUCGCUUAGCUUCGGAAAAUAAUCGCGUAUAGAAUGGACAUAUUUUUCCUCUCAGGAGAACCGCCUGUUUCGAAUCGCCUCCCCUUAAAUGCGUUAAAUGACGCGAUAUUUGCCGAGUUCUUUGUCAUCGAUCGCUGAAACUAUUAUUAGUUAUCGUCAUUUUGGAAGUUUACGUAAAAUGUCAAAUAUACAAUAAGUAUCAUCCUCCGUCUAUGGAACCGAGAGUGUGCUAUCUCAGGACACACUUUCAAUAACUAACACUGCUUUACUCACAAAUAUCUAUAUAUAACAAACAUAAUAAUAUAAACUUAUGCGACGCAAUAAUUAGGAACAAAUGUGUCAAUGCGAUGGCAGUACGAAGCUAAUGCGUCCGGAUGUCCGUACAAAUUAUGCGAUAAAAGUUAAUUCUCUAAUGUUCAUUUCUAUCAAUUGUUUUUUUUUAAUCUUGAUUUAAUGUAGCCUUUACUCUUUUAUAACUUUUAGAACUGUAGAAAAAAAUGAAAAAGUAAAUUAUACCGAAUUAAUCUACACGUUGAUAGAAAUGUACUAACUCAUGUAAUCUUAAACUAAUUGUUUCGCGAUAAAGACUGCGAGAAGCAAUCAUCAGAUAGGCCACGAUGGAAUUAAUUGUCGAGUUCGUAACAGACAAAAUUCGAAAGUGCGUGUAUCGGAAACAAAUUAUAUGCGAAUUAAACGAAUGUUUGCGACUCGCUUUAAGGGACCGGGUUGAAAACAGGCGAUCAUAUCCCGAUAUAUAUAUAUAUAUAUUUUUUUUUUCGUGCGCCGACCUCACAUUGUACGUGCAUGCGCUUUAAAAAGGAUAAAGGACGAAGAGAAAUAGAGAACGACUCAUUCUUUUUUCUUUUAUCACAGUAUUGCACGCAAAGCUUGUACGAAAUCGCAAGUAAGACAGCAUAAAGGCCAAAUGGCAGACACUACACGCUUUCCUCUCAAAAUACAUCCGGGGAGGAUCGGAAUUCUUUCGCAGACUAGCGAAAAAUGUUUCUAUCCACUCCCUCAUUUCUCCCUCACACACACACUCUCUCUCUCUUUCUGCCACUCUCAUUCAUACACAUUUCAGCAUUAUUCUUUCACAAUCCAUGGCAACGACUCCAAACGACCCUUCACAUCCAUGGUCCAUAAUAGCUUCGACGUAGAUCCGACAAGUUAGUAACAAAAUAAUAAUCCACACGUAUACACAUGUGUUUGAGUACGUCACCAGAGAAUAAAUCGUGAUAUAUCUCUUCGUUUCCUUCGUAAAAUCCCUUCGGAUUUUUUCCCCCCCCCCGUUUUCUUUCGCUCGACUACAAUUUUUCCUCUCGUACGGUAGUGCCUUAACAAUCUGUCGUUCAACGGAAAAAUAUAGCGCACGGGUGGUAUUACGCUGUCUUGUCCGGGUCGACGCGGGUCGGAUGGCUUUGACGUCUUAAUAUAUUAACAUCCUAAUGGAACGUUAAUCUCUUUACGAAAGAAGCUUCGGAAGAAAGUCGCCCCUCUCCGGAUAAUUCUGUGACACCGCAUACAAAGAGAAGAAUUUCUGUACUCCUCUCGGUAAGAAAAAAGGGGGGAAGAAGUUGAAAGCUGCAGGAUCGUCGCCGUAGCCAAAAUAAAGUGGAUGAAGACGGGAUUACGAGCGAUUUUCUUCUCUCUUCGUGUAUCUUCAGCCGCGACGCGAAGGUCCUAAGAAGAGAAAAGAGGGAAAUAGUCCAGCUCCGCUUCCACCCCGGAGGGACGACGAACACACGGUUUUUUUGAUUUGCCACCCCGGGACGAAGCUCUCGCCGAUGCGAUACGACCCGACAAUCAGAUAUCACCGUACUUCACGCACGCGAAAAGGGGGAACUUUGGCAACAAACACACAUUCGCAUCGUUAAGGGUUUUUUUUUGCAGCUGGACAGCACAGCCUUUCACACGCACGCACAAGAUCCGCAAUUUGACAUGUACAAUCAUCUCCCAAUCUCACUCGCUCUCUCAUUUGUUAUCUCACUAAUAAUAGCAGCAUUAACUGUAAUCUUAAUUGGAUAAUUCUGCCGUAGCGUUGGUAAUAAUCAUA